UAUAACCUAUUGGGGGACAGAGCAGAGAGAAGACCACUCUCUCCAGACCUCAGGAGGACCCAUCACCCACCCAGAAGACCCAGACACAACCGGCCCGUGGAGAUUAUGUGUAACCUGCUCCUAUCAUGGACCUUCCUGCUGGUAGCCUCAGGCUCGCUAUUGGCCCAUCCCAUCACAGACUCUGCAGAGAUGUCCUACCUGGGUCCUGUAUCUCUGGAGGAUGGUGGUGCAGGUAGUCCAGACGAGCUGUCUUUCUCUGAGCAGACAUACCUCCCCCAGUCUGGCCCUGGACUCAGAUACUCAUCCCUACUGUCUGGAGAUCUCAGCAGAGAUGGUCUCAGUGCAGCUGGACUACUACCAAGACAGAUGAAGACAGAUGUGUUGCUGGAGAAACAGAGUCACCUAAGUCCCGUCAGUCGCUUCUUUGGCAUCAGGAAGCCAUUCAGAAAGAGAGGAGGCAACUCAGAGUGUUUCUGGAAGUACUGUGUCUAACACAAUCAACCGUCCUUAGAGAAAUGCAUUCCCACCGUACAUUAUGACAAAGAGAUGGGGCUUGUACUGAGACACAACCCCUCUAUUGCACACGAAAAAGCAUACACAUACGCACAUUUGUAAAUUCACACACACACACACACACACACACACACACACACACACACACACACACACACACACACACACACACACACACACACACACACACACACACACACACACGAACGCACACAGGAAGGCACACAUACACGGAUGCUGCACGCAGACAGUGAUGGACUGAAUCGAUAUCCCACAGGUUGAUAUAUUCUACAGUAGAGUUGAGGACUGUUUAGUUUUGAUGCAGUUUUCUAUAUUUCCCUGUCAUACCUGUAUGUUUAAAAUAUUCAUAACUGUUUGAUGUUGCAACGUGACCAGGA